CAGGCGCUCCUGCCGCCGCUCCAGCUCUGCAGCCUUCCUCUGGUGCCCGAGCAUGGAGGCCCCGCGUGUCCCCGAGCGGACUGUGCUCUUCCAGCGCGAGAGGAGCGGCCUGACGUACCGCGUACCCGCGCUGCUGCCCGUGCCCCCCGCGCCCACCCUGCUGGCCUUCGCGGAGCAGCGGCUCAGCCCCGACGAUGCCCACGCCCACCGCCUGGUGCAGAGGAGCGGCACGCUGGCCGGGGGCUCCGUGCGGUGGGGCGCCGCGCACGUGCUGGGGACCGCGGCCUUGGAGGAGCACCGGUCCAUGAACCCCUGCCCGGUGCACGACGCCCGCACGGCUACCAUCUUUCUCUUCUUCAUCGCGGUGCGGGGUCGCACACCCGAGGCCACGCAGAUCGCCACGGGCAGGAACGCCGCGCGCCUCUGCUGCGUGACCAGCCGAGACGCGGGGCGCAGCUGGGGCGCCGCCAGGGACCUCACUGAGGAGGCGGUGGGCAGCGCCGAGCAGGACUGGGCCACGUUCGCUGUCGGCCCGGGCCACGGCAUCCAGCUGCGCUCAGGCCGUCUGCUGGUGCCAGCCUACGCGUACCGCGUGGACCGGCGGGAGUGCUUUGGCAAGAUCUGCAGGACCAGCCCCCAUGCCUUCACCUUCUACAGCGACGACCACGGUCGCACCUGGCACCGUGGAGGCCUUGUGCCCAACCUGCGCUCGGGCGAGUGCCAGCUGGCUGCGGUGGACGGCCAGCAGGCGGGCAGCAUCCUCUACUGCAACGCCCGGAGCCCCCUGGGCCGCCGCGUGCAGGCGCUUAGCGCAGAUGAGGGCGCCUCCUUCCUGCCUGGGGAGCUCGUGCCGGUGCUGGCUGAGACGGCCCGGGGCUGCCAGGGCAGCAUCCUGGGCUUUCCUGCCCCACUCUCCGGCAGGCCCAGGGGUGAGGGAUGGUCGGCAGGUGCCAGGAACCACCCCGAGUCCCCACGCCUCUGUCCUGGAGUCCAGCAACCCUCAGAGGAGGGUACUGCAGACACCCAAGGGGACCAGGGCCUCGGCGGGAUGGAGGGGUGGAAGGACAGCCCUGAGGAGCCCGGCCCGGGGCCUGGGCUCAGUGGGACCAGGGACGCCUGGGCUCUGAGUCUCCCUGGGCCCCCUGCCACCCUGUCUCAGAGCCCCACCUGGCUGCUGUAUUCCCACCCGGCGGGGCGCAGGGCUCGGCUCCACAUGGGAAUCCACCUGAGCCAGUCCCCCCUGGACCCCUACAGCUGGACAGAGCCCUGGGUGAUCUAUGAGGGCCCCAGUGGCUACUCUGACCUGGCAUCCAUCGGGCCCACCCUCAAGGGAGCCCUGACCUUUGCCUGUCUGUAUGAGAGUGGGGCCAGGGUCUCCUACGAGGAGAUCUCCUUCUGCAUGUUCUCCCUUGCUGAGGUCCUGCAGAACGUGCCGGCGGGCCCUGCACCGCCCAGCCGUCGGGGCAAGCCUCGGGAGCGCUGCCAGCCUUCCCGAUGGGCUCUCUGGCCAGACCCAUUUGUAUGUCCCUAACGCUAUGCUUCAAAAUAUGACACAAAAGUGGGCAGACCUAGAGGAGAAAACAGAGCCAUAGUUGUCAUAGAAAAUUUUAGACACAUGUCUCGGUAACCGAUUGAGCAAACAGACAAAAUCAGUGAGAACACAGAAGAUUUGGCCCACCUGCCUAACAAACUUGACUUAAUUGACACAUACAGAACACAGCAUAAAACAACCGCAGAACACUAACAUAACAUAAUAAUAAUAAAAAAACCCCACAGAUUAUUCAGUCUGUUCAAAUAUACCCGGAUAUAAAUUUGACAUCAUGUUGGAUCCUGAAAUCAAGUCUCUACAAGACUUGGAAGGAUUGAAAAUUACAGUGAAAUUGAACUAGAAAUAAAAAUGAAAUGUAAAAUCUUCCUGUGUCUGAAAAUUGAGAAACACGAUUCUGAAUAACUCCUGGUUCAAAGAAGAAGCUCUAGUGAAAAUGAGAACAGAAUUUGGAAUUAAUUAUGUGAACAUGUGAGAUGAGCUGAAGAGUGUCCGCCGCUGACGCCCCCACCGUAGAGAGGGGCAGGAAACUGAGUCCAAGGAGAGGAGCAGAAAGAGAAGAGUCAGGAGCAAAACUAGUGGAUAUGGGAAGAACCGCAGGGUAGAGGGGUGGAUGGAGCCAGGGUCCGCUUUCAGAAAACUUACAGAGCUGAUGACCCCUGUGCGACUGGUGACAAAGAAAGAACACACGCAUAACCAGCAUCAGGAAUGAGAGAGGGCAUGCGAGUUUCCUACAGAUGUCCAAAGAUUUCAAGAAGAUAUUAGGAACCAUUUUAUGCCAAUACCCUUAAAAACCUAGAUGAAAUGCACGAUUCCUGGAAAAAUACAACUUAUUAAAGAGGAACUAGAAAGUCAGAAAAAUCCUAUUGAAGACUCAGAAGCCGUAAUUUAAAAUCUGCACACUAGGAAACGCUCAGGUGGCCUGGCUUUCCCCGUGAACUCUGUCGAACGGUUCAGGACGAUGCUGGUUUACCGGAGAGUUGCGCUUUGUAAGAAACUGCCAAGCCUGUCUCCCAAAGGGGCUGCACCAUCUGUAUGUCUUUUGCAUGAGUGUCUGUUUAGAGCUUUUGCCUCUUUUUAAAUUGGGUUGUUUGUUUUUUUAUUGGUGAGUUUUAAGCGUUGUUUGUAAAUUUUGGCAACAGCAUAUUGAAAGGCGCUCUGCAUCCUAUGUCAAGGGGGUGGGGGUUGGUAGGGUCCCCCUGCACGCGAUCAGAAGGGCCAGGAUCUGGAACGCGGCCAGCACCGCCUGGUGGCGAGGAUGAAAACGGCAGGCGCUCUCCCUCGGGGACCGGGCAGCCGCGCUGGAAAACAAGUUUGAUGGUUUCUUACAAGAAACAGCCUCUUACCGUAGGAUCCAGCAGUUGCGCUCCUUGGUCCUUAUCCAAAUGAGUUGAAAACUCAUGUCCACACAAAAACCUGCGCAUGGAUGUUUAUAGCGCCUUUAUUCAUAAUUGACAAACCUUGCAAGAAAUCAGGAUGUCCUUUAGCAGAUGAAUGCACCAGCGGUGGUCCAUCCAGACAGAGAAGACAUGGAGGACCCUGAAAUGUGUGUCACUAAGUGAAAGGUUACAUGCUGUGUGAUUCCAUAUGACGUUCUGGAAAAAGGCAGGCCUUUGAAGACGGUAAAGAGAUCGGUGGUUGCCAGACGUUGUGGGGAGGAGGGGUGAGCAGGUGGGGUGCAGGGUGAGGGUGCAGAGAGACUCCGUGUGAGGCUGUCACGGUGGCGACGUGUCACUGGACAUUUGUCCGAAGCCACAGAGUACGCGACACGGAGAGUGAGCCCUGGUGUGAAUGAUGGACUUUGGUUAAUGAUACUGUAUUUGCCGUUGGCUCAUCAGUUACAACAAUUGUACCCCACCAAUGGGGGAAGUUAACCGAGGGGAAAUUGUAUGUGUGGGGGCGUGGGGGUGUGAUCUAAGCUGAGAAUCACGGCUCGAUUUUCUGUAACCUAAAACUGCUUUAAAAUGGAUCUACAAUUGUGACAGCACUAUAGCUAUAAACUCAGGAAGUAAGAAAGGAGAAAGUGCAUAGUGAGAGUUGUAGAAUCCUGAGCCUAGUCAAGUGGCCAGGGGACUCGAGAAAAUGUCAUCAGCCUUCUCACCACGAGUCAGUCAGCUCGGGAGCCACGGACACAGACCGCACGAGGGGCGGGGGGGUGCUGCCGGACUGGAGUCAGAGGACAUAGGACCCCGCCACGAGGGGGGCGGUUGAGCCGCAGUGGAGGGGCUCCAGCGACUCAGGUCGGCAUCGUGCUGGCUCUGCCACCUUGACUGCCCUCAGGAGGACACCCCCGCUGAAUUCUCCAAAACUUCAGGAGCCUCACCCUGACAUGAAGAGGCAACUGUCCCCACCAAACAACUAACCUACUGGGGCUGAGACCCCAGGGCCCAGGCCGCCAGCUUUGCCUUCGUGAUCCCAGGCCAGGGUCCCUUUGCGGUCUGUGCUUUUCUCCCGCUAGCACCCCCACCUGGUCCUCCAGGGCCCCCACCUUGGAUUUCAGGGUAGGGCUCGGACUCCUGUCUUUCUGUCCUACACGACCUCGGAUCCCUCACUGGAGGUGACCAGCUCUUGUCUCCAGCUCUGCAGACCAGGCGAUGGUGGGCACAGGCAGUGGGAGGGGUUGUCCUCCUGGAAAGAGGGGUUCUGGUGGGCCCGGGCUGUGGGGGGGCACAGGCCUUAUGCUCUGUGUUCCCUGUGCCAGGGUCUCAGGCCUCAUUCGAGAAGCCCAGGCUCACCCCCGGGUCCUCUGGCAGCCACCCUCCGGGGCAUGCGCGGGGCUGUCAGGGAGGGACCCGCUGGGCGGGCAUGGGUGGGGGUGGGCGAGGUGCCCCAGCCAGGGCCGUUGACACAUGGGGCUGGGGCAGAGCAGGGGACGGAAAAAGUGAGUGAGGGCGGGCUGCCGAGGCCGCGUUCCGGGAAGGUGAGCAGCAAAAGUGCUGACUGUGCCCGGCUCGCUGGCUUCUUAUCUGAGCCGCUGUGCUGCCAGUGGGUGGCCCGGCCGGCGCCUUGCUGAGGCCACCGCUUCCUGCCCUCUCUGCUGUGUGCAUUUUUGGCCUUUUUUUUUUUUCCAGAAUAUGGACUCAUUUUUUACAAGACCAGUGCUCUAACCCCUGAGCUAUGGAGCCAACCACUGAACUCAUUUUUAAAAACAACAUACUCAAAAUGUGUUAAUCAAUUAGAUCUUUACUUUUAAUUUUGGUAUUUUUUUUUUAUGCUCAAAGUGCUCCCUUGUCUUUUGAUAGGACACCCACUUGGUUCCUUUUGGGGCAGCGAGUUGCCCAUGGCCCGCACUGACCAGCAUGGGCAAAGGUCCCUUCACUCAGAGCCUGAGUCAGGCCCUCCUGCUCUGGCCGCCUCCCCUGGGGCCCUCCCCGGCACAUGGCUCACCCCUGGGAGGUAUUUCACAGGUGGGGUUCGUGGAUCAGACCGCAAAUGCUUGGCUAACUGCCGGCUAGUACACAGAUCUCCAGUCUGACCUUCCCGCCCGCCAUGCUCCCAGUGCUCGAGGGGCCUGUGUCUCCGCAUCCUUGCCAGCAGUGCAGAGUCAUGCGCUCGGAGUGUUGCCCAUGGGUAGGUUCAUUGAAAUCUGUGUUUUUCUUUUCUUUUCUUUUUUUUGAGAUUUUAUUUAUUUAUUUGACAGAGAGAGACAGCGAGAGAGGGAACAGAAGCAGGGGGAGUGGGAGAGGGAGAAGCAGGCUUCCCGCAGAGCAGAAGCCCGAUGCGGGGCUCGAUCCCAGGACCCUGGGACCAUGACCUGAGCCGAGGGCAGACGCUUAACGACUGAGCCAUCCAGGCGCCCCAUAAUCUGCAUUUUUCUUAUGAGUAAAAUGGAACAUCCGUUUGUUGCUUAAGGGAUAUGUAUAUACAUACAUGGAAUAUAUGUAUGUGUGCGUAUGUAUAGCGCUUGUGGCUUGUGUGGAGCAUGUACACGUGUGGACGAACAUACAUGUGCAUUUGCAUGCACAGACGUGUG